GAAUUACUUGAACACCAAGUUGUCUCUGGUUCCUCUUGCAUUGGUGAAUGUUCCCGUUUACUAGUAUUUCCCAAGAUUAAAAAAAAAAAAGAAAAAAGAAACAAAAGAAAAGAUAUGUGGUUGUUUAGCAGGAAAGGGCCAUCUGGGUUCUCAGCAGCCUCAACAGCUGAGCAAGUAACCGAAGGGAUAGAUGGCUCUGGUCUCACUGCCAUCGUUACAGGAGCAUCAAGUGGUAUUGGAGCUGAGACAGCACGUAUUCUUGCAUUGCGUGGUGUCCAUGUGGUUAUGGCAGUCAGAAAUAUCUCUGCUGGGAGGGAAGUCCAAGAAGCUAUAAGGAAAGAAAUCCCAAAUGCUAAAGUUGAUGCCAUGGAACUGGAUCUUAGUUCAAGUUCAUCAAUCAAGGACUUUGCAUUAAAGUUCAAUCACUCAAACCAUCCUCUGAACCUUCUCAUUAACAAUGCAGGAGUCAUGGCAACACCAUUCAUCUUAUCGAAAGAUAACAUAGAGCUACAAUUUGCAACAAACCAUAUAGGUCAUUUUCUUUUGACAAACUUAUUGCUGGAAACCAUGAAAAAGACAGUUCAUGAAAGUGGCAGAGAAGGAAGGAUUGUCAAUGUCUCAUCUCGACGGCACAAAUUCUCUUAUCCUGAAGGGAUCCGCUUUGGUAGAAUCAAUGAUGAAUCUGGGUACAAGAGUCUAUUGGCAUAUGGUCAGUCAAAACUUGCCAAUGUAUUGCAUGCAAAUGAACUGUCAAGGCGUCUGAAGGAAGAUGGGAUUGAGAUAAGUGCAAAUUCUCUUCAUCCAGGGGCAAUCGCCACCAAUCUUUUCCGUCAUUUCAGCAUUGUUACAGGCAUUAUUGAUGUCCUAGGCAAGCACAUCUUGAAAACCGUCCAGCAGGUUUCCCAAAUAAAUAAUGAAUUGAUGAAGAUUCAGCAAACAGAAAAUCCGAUUCAUCAAUUUCAUUUUAUCAAGGAAAAAACUAACCAGAGGGGAAAAAAUAAUCUCAAUUAAUACAGCGAUCUGGCCAAGAAAAGGGAAGAUGCAAGAACUAGAGGAGGACCAAGGUUCCAGAGAAACAUGAGAAUUGAGAGCGUUAGGGGGAGGGAAGUGGGGAGAAGGGCAGGAAGCAAGAUGAUUGCAAUCUUGUUGCAGCUUGCGCAUUUUACGCUUUGGCCAUACUUCAUUAUCCGCCCUGGCUCUGCUUUUAAAAAAAAUAUUUGCAAGACUUGCACCUCAUUGCACUUUUGUCGUUCUUAACUACUAUGCUUGUAGCUUGAAAUGUGAACCAUGGUACCAAUCUUCUUCUUUGUAUGCAGAAAUGAAAAAAAAACAAUAC